AUGCUUUGUGGCACUUAGCACUUUAAAAGAUUCAUCUCAGUGGUCAGUUUUUGAACACCACAAUGUAUUGAAUAAAUACAAAUACUGUGAACAAACACUUUUUGACUCUUCAAGAAUAUUUUGUCAUAUUCUGUUACACAUACAUCAUGUAUCAAUCACACAAAGUUGUAUUGUAGAGGGGAGCACGCCAGAGUCCUAUGUAACUAUUCACAGCCUCACGAAAUACCGCAUAGUGUCCUCCUUUUUGGUGUUAUGGAUAUGGUCACCCUACCUAUGUCUGUGUAAAGAAUGCUGAUAUGCUGAACAACCAGUAAUCAAUGUGAAAGCUGCCAAUUGAAUGGUGAUACUCUAUUGGGUUUAUGUAUUUGUAAAUUUGACUCUGAAAGAGUCAGUGCCUCACCAGCCACGAACCUCACCGCACGUCACUGCGCUGACGAGGCCACAAAAGCGGAACAGUGAUCACUGAAGAUCGAAAAGCUCCUUGUGGUUUCUCAAACUUUCCAGACAUUUUAUUUCACUUUUUGUACAUCUAUUCAUCCAGGAGGUUUAAAUUCAGAACAUGGGUCUACCGGGCAUACACAACCGCAAACCAGCCUACAGUUACGACGACUGGGUACUGAAAACAGGUCAGGAGGCACCACCAUCAUUAAUUGCGCAAAUAAUAGUUUAAUAGUGAAAGAAUGAAUGAUUGUUUUAAUGAAUCAUUGCAGAGGUGACUUAAAGAUGUCUUAUCUGUUGCAGUUUUCGCAUCGCGGACCUACAGACGGAAUGGCACCACAGAGCUUCACUUUGCUGAGCAUCAUGCUGUGCGCUGUGCAUGUCCACUCACUGUGCCGGCUACAAGGGGCACUAGUAGAGAAAGUCAACGGCCUUGCAGAGAACAUGGUAACAUGAACUUUCAAAAGAUAUCGGGUUGAUACAUCUCGUGAUGCCGGGAAAUCUAAAUGUACGAGUAAAUGGUUUGUCUGUUUCAGGGAGGCUCUUUUCCAUUCGAGUGCCUUGAUCAAAACGUUCAGCUUACAUUCCCUGCCGCUGCUUUCGAGUCGAACGGGACUGCACAGGUAAGGGCAGUUUUUUGCAUCUGGUCUAUUUAUGAAGCGUUCAGAAAAUUUGAGGUCCUGUUUGAGAAUGACACCAUGCCAAACAGCUGGGACCAAAAGAAAACAGACGACUUCAGAAACAUAGUUUACCGACUGGUCGAGGAGAACGAGUGUGUUUUGAACUCAUCUCAGGCGAUCGAAGACGACUUUUCUGACAGAGAAAUCCUACUGGAUGCAUAUUUUAAAGAAAUGGCAGACCUCCUCCUACAAAAGGUAGACCAUAUCUAUAAAAACCAAACCCUUAAACCCAUGCCGUUCAUGAACUGCGACGACUAUGUGUCCAUGACUUUCAUUUUGAACGGAGUCCUAAAAUUCUCCAAUCCCUGUUGUGCUUCCAGGAAUUCAGCGCCUGCGCGUGGGAGGUCGUGCGAAAGGAGACCUUGCGCACGCUCUGGUUCAUCUUGCAGAACGCCUCCGAUCACCUGUUCUGGACAAGAAGACACUGGCACAAACGUCGUCGUUAGAUGCAACAAUUCAUCAUUCCACGGUCCAUCUUCUCAUCGUUUUCCCCAGUGUGAUCAAUUUCAUGACAUGAUUAAUUUAUUUGUACAUAUGCUAUUAUGAUUAUUUAUUCAUGCAUUACUGUCACGUAAAAUGUUUGUGUUUUAAAUAAAUACAUUAUUUUAAAUCGUCAUUUGAGUUUUCUUUCAUUUAAAAAAAUCGAAUAAAGCAUAGCCCAAAGGACAGUGACGUUUUGCUCAUCGGGCAUCACUUUUGUUGGCCACAGUAUUCACCCUGUCAUUGCGUACAGAGCACCACGAACAAACCGAAACAUUUGAGAACUACAACAAGACAAAACACGUUGUUGCUAGGUUGCACCCAUAAGUUAUCUCAAUUAAAUAUUCUCUGUGUCUCCUCCUGUGCACCUGUCCAUUAAGAAAAGAGUAGGCUUAAUCAUAGAGCUCGGAAUUUGGCAUGUAGCCUGCCAAACCCUCUAAGGGUUAAAUCAGGAUAAAUGGUACUAUACUUCUCUGAGUUUUUAGCAUGAAACAUCAUCUUUUUCUGUUAUGAGUGGGUGUAUAUUGAUUUCGUAUUGCAUUGUUUAUGUAGCGUACUGUAGGGUAUUUGCCGUUUUCGAAAUGCCCUCAAAAUUUAAUUUCAAUUUUGUAUUCUAUGUACAAUGUACUCCCACCACAAAAUUGUUGCCUUGUUUUGUGGAAAACAACAUGAGGCUUAGCAACAAAGGCACCUUUACAGCAUAAAUGCAGCACCUCAGGGAGUUGUAAACAAACUCAUCUCCUAUGUGAAGGCCGUUUCUGAGAACAGUUGAGAACAAUUACUGCUGUAUGGAUUGGCUACAGGUUCAAAUCUGGGUAUUCCACUAAGAACAUUCAGAGAAACAACAAUAGAUUUGUGAUGAAUGAAAUAUACUCCUGGAUAUGUAUUUCUGAAAAAAUGAAAAAACAUGUUUAUGGGCAAAAUGUCGUAACUCCUUGGCUGCAGUCAACCAUGCAGGUUCUUGCUUGCCAUGGUAAAUUAACUAUAAAUACCAAAAAGACAGUGAUUCAAGAGUUUAUGUUUCUUAUUUAUUAGUUUGUUUGUUUGUUUAUCAACCAAAGAAAUCUCUUUUGAUUGAUAUAAGCAAAGGUCAGAAUAAUUAUCUGACAUUAGCUAGCACCUGAAAAUGUUCAGACAUUAGUGAACUGCUUUUGGUUAACCUCUGGUUUCUCUCCUAAGAUACCUGACAUCAUGUUGCAAUGCCUUAUGAAACAACGUUUGAUGUGAACCAAAAUAUGUGAUUCCAUGCACAGUCUCAGGAUUAGCAGUCAGACUAUUUUAUCUAAUAAGAUUGUUUUGUAGUACAGGCAAACUAACUAAUAACAUUAUGAGCCUGUCGGUGGCGGGAAAAAAGUGAUUUACUUUGACGCAGAUGCUUGCCCCAU